CGAAGCUGAUUCGUUCUUUCGAAGUGAGAGUUUGAGUGAAGCGGUUGUCGUCGGUGUUGUUAGUCGAUUUGAUACAGCUUUCUCGCCUUUAUUACCGUUUUAAUUACGUUAAACUUGUGUUAUAAUAUGGCCGAUACCGCAGCAGAAGUAAAGCCCACCCAGGCAUCGCCUGAAAAGAAAGUUGAGAAGGUCGAGAAGGAGGAGAAGGUAGUUGAGAAGGAAGUAGAGAAAGUAGAAGAAAAGACGGAGGAGAAGCCUGUAGAAAACGGAAACGCAGACAGCGAGACACCAAAGGACAACGGCACGGCGGAGGAACACGAGGAGGACUCAAAAGACUCAAAGGAAGAAGAAACGAAAGAAAACGGAAACUCUACCGAUGAAAAAACGAAUGGAGUAAAAGCUCCGAAUUCAGGAUAUAAGAGGAAAUCGGAAGGCGCAGGAGACGCCCCCGACGGAGCCCCAGCAGAGACCGAUGCAGUCAGUCCGCAAAAGAAGGCCAAGCUAGACGAAGAGGCUCCCACAGAAAACGGAGUAGCAGAACCGGUUGCCUAAGAUUAUUUGUGUCUAUUCGAUGUGCUAGGAUGUGUGUGAUUGAGUGGGUAGACUGAUUCAAACUGUUUUUAUUUUUUUACUUUCAUCCGCCACUACCGCGGUAUACCCACUUGAUGAACUACUUCGUUUUUAUCUGUCCUCAUAAGUUUUAGACUCAUCCGAGUGGUUGUAAAAGUGAUAAUUUUUUUCAGUGUUAAUUUUCAUCAUUCCUUCUUAUAUAUUUUCGUUGGGGCUCGGAAACAAGUUGGGGAUCUAUUAGUGUAAGAACCUGUACUUAGAAUGUACCUGGUGGCUAUGUGUACAAAUUAGUUACCUACCCCUUAACUAUUCCAGCAUUUUAAGUGAGUAAUUUAAACAUGUUGUUACUAAGCGCACGUUUGUCCCGUGAUAUUGACCCUGUUGUUAUGUAAACAGUUGAUGUUGUUAUUAGUGAAUAAGAUAACAGUAUUAUGGUGCAUAUGAAGCUGUCUAGUAAAACCUAAUGUUACUAUUACUACUUAAAAUGAAUCGGGUUAGGUCAAGUUUAAUGUUCAAUCGACUACCUUUUACGAUGCUGCCAAAUUUUUUAUCAUCAGAUAUGUAACCGACGUGCAUUUUAUCCUAAGACUGUUUAAUUGUAUUAAAUAUCCUCAUGUCAAUUCCCCAAAGUACUAAGUAAGUUAAUCUUGCCCUUUUGAAUUGGCCCGACCUAGUGUUUAUUUUCAUGACAAACGUUGAUCUGUAUAUUUGACUAUGACAUAGUUUGGAAACUAACAUAAUUUAUUUUGACUGUGUUCAUAAUUUUAUAUCUUAAUCGAUUUGCAAUAAAGCAUUUAGUUUCCACCA